GAACAUACUUCUCAUGCUCUCCCUCCAACCUCAGAAGAACAGCAUAUCCACCAUCAACAGCAACAGCAUUUACAACUACAGGAACAGUUAGAACAAUUAUGCCAUGAGUCAUAAUAUGUCAGGGGGUUUACCACACCCAUCGGUUUCAAAUGGCUUCUCAGCCGACAUGCCACUGGGUAUGGCCCAGUCAUUGGUGCAUAGCUUAGCAGGGAUUGGUGCAAUCACAGGCAUGCCUGGUCUGUCCUCCCUUGGCCCCUCUGGGCUAGAGGGACUGGGUGCUGCUGUCACGGGUAGCAUGUUGCCAGGGCUUGUUGAUGCUGCAUCAACGAAUAGUGCCAAUAUUUCUGUUGCUGCUGCCUCCAAUGCAGUACCAACACAUAACCCAAUGAUGGCAACUCAUGACACACAUCAAGAAAUGCCAUCACAUCUGCCAGAGACUAGCCUAGCAGACUUAAAAGCGGCAGGCUUAGAUACUAGUUUAAGUUAUUAUUCGUCAAUUCCACAAACGCAAAGCGACACAUCUAUCAUGCGCAAACAGUCAGAGGAGGAGCUCAACCCAGAGGCCCAGGCCCUACAGCGGCAACAUGCAGAGGCUUCAGCAUUGGCAAGCUACCUGGCUGCUCAGGAUAAGAAGCCCCCUUCCUCUGCCCCAGAAACCCCAAAGUCAUCUGGAGGAAGCUCUUUCAGUAAACCCAAACCAACACCCAAGAACCUCAGUUCAUGGUCAUCCCUAGCGCAGAGUGCCGUCCCUUCACCCACAGCCUCGACCUCUCUGAAAACCUCAGCCAGUGAUUCCUUUGCCCAGUUCAAGAGAGUUGCCAAGGAAAAAGAAGCAAGGCAACGUCAGAUCAUUGAGCAGCAAGAGCAGAGAAGGCAGCAGAAGGAGCAAGUUGAGAAGGAACGUGCAAGACAAGAAGCAGAGAGAGAGCGUGCACGGUUAGAGGAGGAAGCUUUGGACAGGGCAAUGGAACAAGCUAAAGAAAUUCGGGCCACUCAAGAAGUUCAAAGACGAGAACCGGUUGCUAUACGGGAGCGGCCGCCGUCAAGUGCAAAAGUGGCCACUCCUAUGACAGCCUCAACUUCGCCCCACCCCCAGCUGGCAACGCCUGCAGGACCCCCCAGCUCACAUCCCCCUGCCACUCCAACCUCUUCCAUAGACAAUGCAAAGCAAAGUGACCGCGACAGACAAAAGCUGAGAGAACAAGAAAUGGCGGGUCAGAUAGACAUGAAUCGCCAAAGCGACUUGAUGGCUGCGUUCGAAGAACAGUGUGGAAAAUAAUGUAUAAGAAUUACCAAAAAUAUUUUAUUAAUGUCGGCUCUGUUCCUUGUACACAACUCAACUCAGAUAUCACCUAAGUCCUUUUAUUUGACAUGUUUUGUACAUAUAACUAUAGCUGUGUUUAUAUUUAUUAUAGUUCAGUGAGAGUUCUUGUUGUUGCUGUACAUUUGUGUAUGAAACUUAUGGAUGUAAAUGUUACAUUUUGGCUGUGAAAUCGUCCCUUGCCAAUGCAUGUUGUCGGCAAGUUGUACAACUGUUGGCCCUGCUGCUUGAUGGCACUCUGUUCAUUUGGCCAGCUCCGAAUUAAGAGAGAAAAAAAAUUAUCCUAUUCUACUGAGAACUAAAUAACUGUCAUGACUGAGCAUAAGUGCAAGUGUGGCACAUCAGUGGUGCCCUAUCUGUAGUGUUACAAGUGUCAACUGAGCUGAUCUCCUGUUAAGAUUAGCACAAGUCCUAACUUCCAGUUGUCAUGCAUCAGACCACAGCAGAGGGUUCUGUUUGUCCACAGUAGAAGAUACUUUUUCUUUAGGUUGACACCUCUGUUAAUUCCACCAACUUAACAAUAAUUUGAUGACUGUAGAAGAUUAUAGUUGAGUAUUUAAGACUUAACCUUUUUAUGGUGUACUCUUAAAUAACUCAUGCGUUUAGAAAUUAAUUUUUCAGAAAUGACCAAGAGUUUUCAAGGAAAAAAACUGGUUGAAGAAAAAUAGAAAAAAAAUGUUGGCAUUAACUCUUGGAAAUGUGUAAUAUAGUUAUGCAGUGGAAUAGCAGGAGCAUCUCAAGUAGCAAUAUACUUGCUCUGCUGGUGCUUCAAAGCAGAAACAGGACAUUAUAAAUGCUCGCCAUGUGAAUAUUGUUUCUCUAUUGGAAUUGCUCUUCAGAUUCUCAGUUUUCAGCUGGGAUUGCUACUCAGCUGUUUACAACAGGUAUGGCUUGUUUGCCAUACAUUAAACUUUCCAUAUUGACCAACGAUUUUCAACUAAGGAAAUGUUAAUCAAUAUUAGGUUUAGAAUCUUUUUUUAAUAAAAAGUGUUAAAAGUAUUUGGCCGAUAGGCCUGUAGACCAUCAGUUUGG